AAAAAAAACCAAAAACCGAAAACUAAUCGAAAAAUAGAAACGGCACCCGACCGAAGUUAUAUAUACGCGGACAGACGUCUGCGACCGCAUCAGUGUGAGUUUCGACUCAUCCGAACGACGACCUGAGCGACCGUAUCGUUACGAUUAUAUAUUUAUAAUAUAAAGUACUCGAGUAUUUUGACGUCCAACAUGUCCACCAUACUCAAGUGGUGUCUCGUCGGGAUCCUGGUCGUCGUGCGGUUUUCAUCCGGUCACGGGGAUUCCGUUCCGGAAAGGUCGUUCGGCGCGUUGCGGUGCACUUCCGCCGACGGUCCGGGCACGUGUCUGUUCAAAGGCCUCAUCAAGAACGCCCUGCUUUACGCCGCGAGCCGACGGGAAGACGUCUCGGCUACCGCUGCCGAUGAUACCAAACUGGCCGACGGCGGAGGUGGCCAUCUCCAGCAGCAGUCCAAAGGUAUUGAGGAAUACCUCAUGGAGCAAAUCCAGAACAUAUUCGGACUGUUUUCGUUCGGGUUCGAUCUGCCAUCCGAAGUCACCGCCCCGUGGUCGCUGCUCAAGUCUUCAUUUCUCAACGGUAGAGGCAAAAAAAACAAGAACCUCGGCCCAAUGCUGGCCGCCGGCGUGGCCGUGAUGGCCGGCACGCUGCUUCCGCUGGCGUUCGGCGCGCUGUUCAUGUUGGCCGGCAAAGCGAUCAUGACCAGCCUGUUGGCCAUCACCAUUUCCGGGAUGCUGGGCCUGAAGUCGCUGUUCGGCAAACAGGAACAGGGCCACGUCAAGGCGUACUCCGCCCCGGCAGCGCACUUCACCGAGGCGCAGUUCGAACAGGAGCUGGGCGUGUACAAGGGCCAGACCGAGGCCAAGAUGCACAGCUCGUCGGCCAACUACUACGCGGGGGAGUCCAACCCUCCGGGCGCGUAUUUCAAGGGGGUGCGGCCACCCCAAAUUCAGCACGACGACGACGGGCCCGAACAGCCGGCCGAGUAUUACUCGCCGGGGGGCCCGAUGGUGCCCAAAAAAAUUGCCGUGGUCGAGAAAAACGACUAGAUGACUGCAAAUUGUAUCCUCCAUACAGUUAGGGACAAUCAUUUUUGCCGUGUUAUAUAAUAUUAUUAUAAUUCAUCGACGAUUCGCGAACGCAUAAUUAUUGUAUUUAUUAUUAUCAUUAUUGUUGUUGUUGUCGUCUUUGUCGUAGUCGUCAUUUAUGUCCAUCGACACUGUCUGAUCGUUAUUAUACGUAUAUUAAUAUUAUAUUAACACACGAAUGAUGCUUACGACGAAACGCGCAAUUUGGUCUUUAAUUUAGCGCACAGCUUAUUAAUUUAUUGUAACUACUGGAGUGAGUAGUUUGUGGGGAAGGGGGUUGACAAUAACAACAAUAAGACUUUAUUGUUAAUGUGUACCAAUUAUAGUGUAUAACUUUAUAUA